AUGCAGGGCUACCAAUCAGAAAAAAGAUACAUUUCGUUUGGCCCGGCAAAUCGUUAUGAUUUAGUCUUUUCUCUAGUUUGGAAGAAUGAUGUUCCUUUGAAAGUCCGUGCGUUUGGAUGGAGAUGCUUUUGGAAUAUGAUUUCUACUAAAGAUAUGCUCAAUAAUAGAGAUAUUCUUCCAUCUUCUUCCAACCUUCUUUGUGCUUUCUGUAAUGCGUAUCCUGAAUCUCCAUGUCACUCGUUCUUGGAUUGUCAAAAAGUGGAAGGGAUUUGGAAGGAUAUUGCUGGUUGGUUGGGUUUGUCUCAUGCCAAAAAUGUGGGGUUUAAAGAAAGUUUUCUUAUGUGGGGCUCUUCGUGUCGAAAUUUGAAAUUCAAAAGAGGCAAGGAGGGAAGUGUUUGGCUAGCCGUUUUAUGGUCUUUAUGGAUUUGUAGGAACGAUAUUUUUUUCAACGAUGUUGAGUGGAAUGCUAGAGAUGUCACUUGGAGUUGCAAAGCUUUGCUUUUGAGAUGGUCUUAUACAGGGAAAAUUACCCAUUCCAAUUACAAUUUCUAUGAUUUUAGCAAAAACCCUUUGCUAUACUUAUCUUAG